AAAUGUAAUCAUAUCCAGAGAACAAACUGCAAUUCCAAAUCCAAAUAGUCACAUAAAAAAUAUGAAGAGAAAAUAGAAACAACACAAAAACCCAAAACCCUCUUUCCUCCUUGUUCUUCUUCUUCCUCUCCGUUCCGUUCAGUUAGCCGACAAAAAUUCACGCCCAACAAUAUAUACAUACUCCUUCCCAUACAUCAUUAAUUAAUUCUUCUUACACACACAUAUAUGUCUCUCUGUGUCAGAUGCAUUCCCAUAUACCCAAUUAAAAAACUGAAAAUACCUUUCACAUUUUAAAAUAACCUUCUAAGCUGUUACCGUACACACCCCACUACCACUAUACUUUAUAGUUUCCCAUCCCCAGAAAUCAUUCAAGUACUUACAUUUUUCUACUCUUAUUAGUGCCAGAUUUCAAGGAGUUCCUAUAAAGUUAGCUGAAUUUAUAGCUUCAACUCAAACUGUAUAUAUUCAUGUACAAUUUAAGUAUAGAUAGAGUUAGAUAUAUGUAUAUAUCUGGAUCAACCACUGAUUACUGCCACUAUACUUGCUUUGUGCUCUUAGUUGUUUGAGUUUACACUUUGAAUCAUGUGAAACCCUAAGCUAGGUAAUUGUAGGAUUAUAUUCUCUAAAAGUUUUUUUUUUUUUUUGUUGGUUUUUACACCCAUUUUGGAGGAUCUAUAGUGUUUCGACACUUCCCCUCCAGUGUGACUCGAACCCACAGCGGGUAUAUUGUCUAGAAUCUUGGAAAAGUUUUUUCUUUAACCCCCAUUUUGGAGGGAUCUAUAGUGUUUCCACACUUUCGGUGCAGUGUGACUCGAAUCCUGGACCUAUCGGUUAGUGGGUGGAGGUGCUUUACCAACUGAGCGGCCCUUUACUUGGAAAAGGUUAAAAUUGGCAAAUGGGGAAUUGUUGUAGAUCUCCAGCAUCUGUAGCUAGAGAAGAUGUGAAGUCAUUUAACUAUUCCGGCCACGAUCAUGGCCGGAAAGAGAAGUCUGGCAACAGGGCGAAACAAAUUACUGUAUUAACGGAUAAGAAAAAGGAGAAUGUUGAGGACAAGUAUAUAAUUGAUAGGGAAUUAGGAAGGGGUGAAUUUGGAGUGACUUACCUUUGUAUCGAUCGUAGUAAUAGGGAUUUAUUAGCUUGUAAGUCGAUAUCGAAGAGGAAGUUAAGGACAGCUGUGGAUGUGGAGGAUGUAAGGCGAGAAGUGGCCAUUAUGAAGCAUUUGCCUCGGGAUUCGAGUAUUGUGACCUUGAAGGAGGCGUGUGAAGAUGAGAGUGCGGUGCAUUUGGUUAUGGAGUUGUGUGAGGGAGGCGAACUGUUUGAUAGGAUCGUGGCGAGGGGGCAUUAUACGGAGAGAGCUGCUGCUGCUGUUACGAGGACUAUUAUGGAGGUUGUGGAGCUGUGUCAUAAGCAUGGAGUGAUCCAUAGAGACUUGAAGCCCGAGAACUUUUUGUAUGCUAAUAAGAAGGAGAAUUCACCUUUGAAAGCUAUUGAUUUUGGCUUAUCAAUUUUCUUCAAGCCAGGUGAGAAGUUCUCUGAAAUUGUCGGAAGCCCUUAUUAUAUGGCUCCAGAGGUGCUCAAGCGGAACUAUGGACCAGAAAUAGAUAUAUGGAGUGCAGGAGUCAUUUUAUAUAUUUUGUUAUGUGGGGUUCCUCCAUUUUGGGCCGAAUCUGAACAAGGAGUUGCGCAGGCCAUCUUGCGAGGGGCAAUAGAUUUCAAGCGUGAGCCCUGGCCAAGUAUUUCAGACAGUGCUAAGAAUCUUGUACGUCAAAUGCUGGAGCCAGAUGCAAAGUUACGACUGACUGCAAAACAAGUACUUGAACAUCCUUGGCUUCAAAAUGCUAAGAAGGCUCCAAAUGUUCCUCUUGGAGAUAUGGUCAAGUCAAGACUUAAGCAGUUCGCACUGAUGAAUAGGUUUAAGAGGAAAGCUCUGAGGGUGAUUGCUGAUUUCUUGUCUAAUGAAGAAGUUGAAGACCUCAAAGAAAUGUUUAGCAAGAUAGAUUCUGAUAAUGAUGGUAUUGUUUCUGUUGAAGAACUAAAAGCUGGACUUCAAAAGUUUAAUUCACAGUUGGCUGAUUCUGAAGUAAAGAUGCUUAUUGAAGCUAUUGACACUAAUGGGAAAGGAACUCUCGACUACGGAGAAUUUAUUGCUAUUUCACUCCAUCUUCAAAGGAUGGCAAAUGAUGAACAUCUACACAGAGCUUUCUCCUACUUCGACAAGGAUGGCAAUGGUUAUAUUGAACCAAAUGAGCUUCGGGAUGCAUUAAUGGAGGAUGGUUCAGAUGACUGUACCAAUGUUGCUAAUGACAUUUUCCAGGAAGUUGAUACAGACAAGGAUGGGCGUAUCAGCUACGAUGAAUUUGCAGCCAUGAUGAAAACUGGGACAGAUUGGAGAAAGGCUUCUCGACAUUACUCAAGAGGGCGAUUUAAUAGUCUAAGUGUGAAGCUAAUGAAGGACGGGUCACUUAACUUGGGGAAUGAGUGAAGUUCAUAGGGCCGAAGUAGUAAGGAUACAAGUAUUGUAUCCAACUUGCAUUAUAUCAUACUUCGAUAUCUCGUUAUUGUUUGUGGGGUUUGGUUUAGAUUGUUAGUUUGCCUGGAUAAGAGACGACUCUGGUUAACCUCUUCAAAUUGUUAGUUUGAGUAAAACAAAUAGUUUAUCAGUGCUGGCACCACAAUGUAUGAUUCUUUUCCUCUUGUCUGGACAACUGUUCUUGUUCAAGAAAAGUCUAGAAACUUGGUAAUAGAGCAUAGUUUUUAUGAAAGAA